AUGCUCGAGUAGAGGACGCUGAUUGGAUGUUAGCACUACAGCUAACAGACUCAACCCUGGAUAACAAGGAAGUUCAGCAAGAUUAGAAAGAACCGUUUAAAGCUAAAGUUACCGAGAACAAUUUAGUAAUAAUUCGCUUUUGGGAUUCAAGUACCGGGUGAGUAGGUGUAUAUGAGGGUAAAACCCGGAAACGUGUACGUUUAAAGUUCUAAACCUAUAGCUGAAAGUGAAAGUACGAGGAUCUUUUCAAAAUGGCGUCUGCGAUGGACGAGGACGAUAUUACAGACCGACCAUCUCUUCUGGAGUCUGAUCUGAGCUGUCCGGUGUGUAGGGAUCUUUACCGAGACCCCUUAGUGCUCUCAUGCGGCCACAGCUUUUGUAGCGAGUGUCUGGAACGCAGCUGGAAGCACAAAACCCCGAAGACGUGUCCUGUGUGUCGUAAGAACUGCGAGGGAGAGACUCCGAUUCCGAACCGAGGCCUGAAGAACUCGACUGAAUCUUUUCAAAAAGAGAGAAGAUGGCAAUAUACCAAAGCUCCACAAGUGAUAUGCGGCUUACACCAACGCGAUCUGCAUCUGUUCUGCGUUCAGGAUGAAGUGCCUAUAUGUGCCGAGUGUGUUACACUUCAUUCUUAUCAUGAUGUCAAACCUGUAGACCAUGGAGUCAAGUAUUGCCAGGAGAUGCUAGACCUCAAAGUCAAGAUACUUGCUGACAAACUGGAGUCAUUUAAGAGGAUGAAGAAACGAUAUAAUGAGACAGUCAGUUUUAUUCAGAGCCAGUCAGAGGAAGCGGAGAAGCAAAUUAGACAGGAGUUUGAGAGGCUUCGUCAGAUUCUAAAAGAAGAAGAAGAUUCCAGAAUUUUAGCUCUAAAGAAAGAAGAGACUCAGAAGAAAGAGAUGAUGAAGAAGAAGAUUGAAAGCAUCAGCUCUGAUAUCACCCAUCUCACUGAGCUGGUUCAGUCACUGCGGAGGGAGAUGAGUGCAGAUGAUUUAGUUAUCCUACAAAACUACCAGAGUCUUAAACUUAGGGCCCAGUGGACAGAAGAAGAAUCCCAAAGGUUUCCCUCUGGAGCUCUCAUCAACAUGGCCGCACAUGUCGGAGCACUGGAUUAUAAAGUCUGGGACAGCAUGCGUUCAAAGGUCAAAUUUUUUCCAGUGCUCAUGGAUCCAAACACCAUUUCACCAUGGCUAUCCAUGUCCCCUGACUAUGCAAGUGUAAAAGAGAACACAGAGAGGCAAUCUGUCCCAGACAACCCUGAACGUUUUGACCCCUGCGUCUUUGUCCUGGGCUCGGAGGGUUUUACAACAGGACGCCAUCGUUGGGAGGUCUUUGUAGGCGAUAGCCCGAAGUGGGUCCUCGGAGUGUGUAAGGAGAAUGUGGCUCGCAAGAGGAAGUUCACUGUGACUACAUCAGGAGGUGUAUGGAGCAUCGGCUUAAGUAAAGGAGUGUACAGCGGUCUGACCUCUCCUCGCACACUACUAAAUGUGGAAAAGAGGCCCGAGAACAUCAGGGUGAAACUCAACAUGAAUAAAGGAGAGGUGUCUUUCUGGGAUGCUGACAGUGGAGCACACCUCAUCACCUACAACGAUGAAUUCCCUGCAAAGCUCUUUCCUCUCUUUGGCCCUGGGCUCCACAAAACUCCCCUGACUAUCCAGCCUGAAAAGCUCACAAAAUAGCAACGAUACACAGAGGGAUGUAACAAUACUGUGUGACAUGUAAAUGUGUAGACAAUACAACUAGUCAUGUUUAUAUGUUUUGAGUCAUGUUUCACUUUGUUAUAAUGCCAUUCCUUUAUGAUUUAAUGACUCUUACAUCCUUGAAUGCUCGUAAAUGCUGACUCUAUUGAAAAUGUAUCAUAUCAAGAAGCCUGCAUCUAUAAACUACAGCGCUACACUAAUAAGAGUUUAUUUUGUUGAAAAUCGUUCAAGUGGGCCGGUAUGUAUAGUCUGUCUUUGCUCGUUGUUCAUUAUUCUGCCGAAAGCAGAGCUGGCUAAAUAAAUCAGUUCUCAUUUA